GGGGUGGCGCUGGGGACGCGCCGGGGUCCCGCAGCCUCCCGGGGCCAUGAAGGUGAAGGUGAUCUCCGUGCUGGAGGACAACUACAUGUACCUGGUGAUCGAGGAGAGCACCCGGCACGCCCUGGCCGUGGACGCCGCGGUCCCCAAGCGGCUGCUGGAGAUCAUCAGGAAGGAGGACGUGGUGCUCAAGGCCAUCCUCACCACCCACCACCACUGGGACCACGCCAGGGGCAAUGAGGAGCUGGCCCAGCUGCUGCCAGGCCUGCAGGUGUUCGGGGCUGACGAGCGCAUCGGGGCCCUCACACACAGGGUCAGCCACGGCCAGGAGCUCUCGUUUGGGACCAUCAGAGUGAGGUGUCUCUUCACACCGUGCCACACCUCGGGCCACAUGUGCUACUUCAUGUGGGAGGACGAUUCCCCGGAUGCUCCAGCUCUUUUCUCAGGUGACACCUUGUUCGUGGGGGGCUGCGGGCAGUUCUUCGAGGGCACAGCGGAGCAGAUGCACACCAACCUCACCCAGAUCCUGGGCACCCUGCCCAAGGACACGAAAGUUUUCUGUGGCCACGAAUGCACCGUCAGAAACCUCAAAUUCGCCUUGAAGGUGGAGCCAGAGAAUGAGGUGGUGAAGGAGAAGCUGGCGUGGGCCAAGCAGAGGGAUGACGAGGACCUGCCCACGGUGCCCUCCACGCUGCAGGAGGAGUUCCUGUACAACCCCUUCCUGCGGGUCACGGAGGAGGCCGUGCAGAGGUUCACGGGCAGGACAGAGCCCGUGGAGGUGCUCAGGGCCCUGCGCUCCCACAGGGACACCUUCAAGAAGCCCAAGGAGAGGCCCAACCCCCAGGCCAUGCUGGCCUUCGACUGGGGGCUCUUCGGGCCCUUCCUGGAGAAGAAGUGACACCCCGAGGUGCCAGGGCGCCCCUGGCUGGGCACAGCUCAGGCUGGCUCCCAGCUGGGUUUUGGGGCUGCAUUUUGUCUUUAGGCCGCUUGUGUGAGGCUGCUCUGCUCUGCUCUGCUCUGCCCUGCUCCCCCCUGGCCCCUGGGGUGCCUGUGCAGCUCCUGGAUCCCUUUGGGGGGAUCCCAGGCUGUGGGACCCCCUUGGGGUGCUGGCAGAGGGUCAGGACGUGGCUUGGAGCAGGGGACAGUCCUGGAAGGAGCCAGGGAUGCUCAGGACUGUGGUGCUGUGCCCCAUGGAGCCCCUGCCUGCCCUGCAUCCCAGCCCAGGGCUUUGGGACUCCUGGAGCCCUCCUGCCCCUGCCUGUCCCUGGCCCAGUGUCCUGGCUGAUGGACACUUGGAUCCCCCCCAUGGGACACUGGGAAGUCGCUGG